AUGUCAGCCACACCUGCGUCCCGUGCCAUCCUGCGGCACUCAAAAUUACUUCUGCGUCAAAACACUUUCAGACAAGCUUCCACCACCUCAGAGGCCGCUUCCAAGGCCCAAGAUGCUGGGAAACAAGCCGUGUCAAAGGCUUCAGAGGGACUCAGCCGUGUUCAGAGCUCUGCUGGUGCCGCACUCUCGAAAGUUGGCUCAUCCGCAUACAAUGCAUUGGGAAAAGUGGGUGGCAGGACGGGAAGACUGAUCUCCUUUGUUGAAUCAUUAAUACCACCUACUGUCUACUACUCACGUGUGGGUUUGGAGCUCACGAAAACUGUCUUCAAGGGCCAACAAAUGACACCUCCCACCCUUGCACAAUUCCAAUCGUACCUUGAACCUCUCAUCAACGUUUUCCGAAACCCUCGAUCUAUUUCGUCCAUUACCGGCUCCCUGACCCGCUCCGUCAGUCCGGAAACGGUCCUCAGCAGCAUCCGCAACGCCAACUCCAGACAAGUAGCCACCGCUGGUAUCAUCUUUGCUCAAGUACUUGGUUUCUUUACUGUUGGAGAGAUGAUCGGAAGGUUGAAGAUUGUGGGAUAUCGCGGAGAAGCUCACCAUGAGCAUUAG